AUGGGGCAAUUCUACUUCAUCAAUAAGGACGAGAAGUCGUUACACUUAUCACGAAGUCAGCCUACAGAGCAAGCAGCUAUCCAGAGAUACGUCCAAACAGGACGCAAGCGGCCACGCCAAUCUAGAAAAUCGGCCAAAAAGGUCCCACCAGAUGCGGAAAGAGAGAAGUCCCGGGUCUCUGGUCGCCUCGAUGGAAGCUGCCUAUGGGAAGGCGACUCGUCAAUCAGUCCUCUUAUGCACGGCUUAGCGCGUCACGAUCCCUUCAACGCCACCGCUGUCGAUCUGGACAGCACCGUAAGCGGACUGCUGUAUUACUACGUGCAUUACUACCAUCCGUCUCUUUGGCCAAACGAGAUGUCGGUAUUGAAAGCAGGAAUGUAUACUUUCCACGAAGCUGUAAGGUGUUUACUGCAGACUGUGGUCGCAAACAAGAUGAUGAUGUAUUGUCUGCUGAGUGCUGCAUCGUGCCGAAUGCGCUACAUCGAUCGUUUGCCAUCACAAGAUGUAUCGCGGCAGGAGGAGCACUAUAUCUCGAGCGCGCUGUCCCUGAUGGCGCAAAGCAUCACACACAUCGAUUUGCGGCAUGCAUUGGCAUGUAUUGUCUUCAUGGUCUCUGCAGAUUCGUACAGAAGCGAGUACGCUGCAGCGAAGGUGCAUCUGGAAGCCGCACAUGCACUUUUGGAGCCACUAGGUGGAAUUACGGCAAUUGACGACGAGUUCCUAACCGGACAACUGGCCAUGGGUGAUCUGUUUCUGGCUUGUGUUCGACUCGAGCCCUGCAUCUUUGACUGCGGGUACAAUCCUGGCGCUGCAGAUACCCUGCACCUGUCGGAAGUGGAGUUGUCGCUGCAUCAGCCUAUGGCGACCAAAUUCUCACCUAAGGGCCGCCUCGCAACCCCCAUCUCCCAGCUAACUGAGGCUUACUCGAUCAGGGAGAGGCUUCAGAUUGCUCACAUGUCGGCCAGCCGAGCUAUGCAAGCCACGAGGUGGAUCACAAAACGUUGCAUGGCAAUCCGACACGAUCUUCUGGCCAUGCGUUUGACUGGUGCGGAUGAUGCACUUCGCAUCGCACUCAUCAUGUGGUCACUGCUUUCGAUGAAUGUCACAGGAAGGACCAAGACUGUGAAGCUCAUGGCUCUAGCAUUGAAGUCGGCAAUCAUAAGGACAGACUUCUGGCUGAAUCUCGACCUGAAACUCUGGAUCCUCCUUGUUGGAUUCCAGUGUGGUCAGGAGGGUUCUACUACCGCCAAAUGGUUUGUUGGGCAAUUUCGCACGCUCUAUGGACCACUUAACAGCCCAGAAUCUUCAGUAAUGGCGGUGGAUCGGCUGGCUGACUUGACUAUCAGUAUGGUUACUUUUCAGCAAGGCUAUCUUGCAGAAGCCAUCAGAGGACUCCUUGGCACCAUAAUCCACGCAUAUUACCACGAGAUGGCAAUUCGAUCGACCAUGCGGGCAGUCGUCCACAACCAAGUCCUCUCCACCCUAACGCUCAAGACCGUGCCAUAUCCCAAACCCGACUUCUCUGCUGGGGAGCACCUCAUACGGGUCCACGCCGCUGCACUCACUCGCGGAGAACUUACGUGGCCACGUCCGCCACCUCUCGACCAGGAUUACUCGCCAGGCGUCGAAAUGUGCGGCACAGUCGCCGAGGCGCCCUCUACAAGCAAAUUCCCCACUGGAACCAGAGUCUAUAUGCGUACAACCUAUCCUCGCAACGCCUCUCUACGUGACUUCACCAUCGGCCUCGAAAGCGAGCUCGCGCAAGUUCCCUCCAAUCUGAGCGACAUCGAGGCGGCCGCUGUGCCCGUCAGCGCUCUCACUGCCUGGCAAGGCUUGUUCGUUCAUGGCGGCAGCGACUUCGAGAACAGCAGCGGCAAGCGCGUGCUCGUGGAUGGCGCCGCGGGCGUGUCGGCAUGUGAACGUGUGAGAGCUGCUGGCGCAGAGGUCAUUGACUACACUACCACCAACCUUCGGGAGUACCCUGGGGAGAAAUUCGACCUUAUCCUCGAUGCUGUUGGCGGGAAGAGCCUCGAGGAAGCUUGGUUCUUGGCAAAAGAUAAUGGCCGUGUGCUCACGAUCGUACCUCCGACGGACUUCUUCAAGCACUGGAGGUGGGACCUUGAUCGGCCUGAGGGAGUUAGCGAGACUGUUCAGGGGAGGUUCUUCGUUAUGAAUUCCAGUGGCAAUGAUCUGGCGAGGGUGGGAAAGUUGAUCGAAGCAGGUCAGGCGAAGCCAAUCAUUGACAGUGUUUGGAAACUCGAGGAUUUUGGGAAGGCAUUUGAGAAGCUGGAGAGUGGUAAGACGAACGGGAAGGUUGUUGUGCGGGUUGCUGAGGAGUAG